AUGACAGAACCAGCAUCCAGAAAACAAGGAUUCAAAAAGUGUCGGAGUGCCACUUUCAGCAUUGAUGGCUUCAGCUUCACCAUUGUCGCCAAUGAAACCAAGGAGAACGUCCCUCGUCCUCUGGCUCGCUUCUCACGUUCUCGCUCCCAGAAUGCACUGGGCACUGCCGUCACAGCUGUGGCCGGACUCGCGGAGCGGAAACCUCCCGCGGACCCCCGCAGUGCGGAGGAGAUCCUGGACGAGGAGCUGCCGGGUCCUGAUGCUGCCGACGCCCUGGAGAAGGCUGCAGUCAGGUUGCGGUGUCUGGUGAAGCAGCUGGACCGCGGAGAGGCGUCGGUGGCGGAGCUGAAGAAGAGCCUGGAGUACGCUGCGUCCGUCUUCGAGUCUCUGUACAUGGAGGAGAGCAGGCGGCUGGCGGAUCCCGAGGACGAGCUGAGCGACAUCCAGUCGGACUCCGUGCCGGUGGAAGUCCGUGACUGGCUGGCUUCAACGUUCACCCGCCAGAGGGGUUUGGUGGUGCGCCGCAACGAGGACAAGCCACGCUUCCGCAGCAUCGUCCACGUCGUGCAGGCUGGGAUUUUUGUGGAGAGGAUGUACAGACGGACAUCCCAUAAUGCCUGUCUCAGUUACCCUCCAAAUGCCAUUGCUGUCCUCAAGCAUGCAGACACCUGGUGCUUCGAUGUGUUCGCUCUGAAUGACGCCAGUGGAGACCACGCUCUGAAAUUUGUUUUUUAUGAGCUUCUCACAAGAUACGACGUCAUAAAUCAUUUCAAGGUCCCAGUUUCUGCUCUGCUGUCAUUUGUGGACUCGUUGGAGGUCGGCUACAGUAAACACAGGAAUCCCUACCAUAACCUGGUGCAUGCGGCAGACGUCACUCAGACCAUCCACUACCUGCUGCUCAAGACCGGCAUGGUGCACUGGCUAACAGAGCUGGAGAUCUUUGCGAUUAUUUUUGCAGCUGCCAUCCAUGACUACGAGCACACUGGGACCACCAAUAACUUCCACAUACAGACCAGGUCACAUGAAGCCCUGCUGUACAACGACCGCGCUGUCCUGGAGAACCACCAUGUGAGCGCCGCGUAUCGUCUUCUGCAAGAGGACGACAUGAAUAUGCUGUCUAAUCUUUCCAGAGAUGACUGGAGGGAACUGCGGAACCUGGUGGUGGAGAUGGUGCUAGCCACUGACAUGUCCUGCCACUUCCAGCAGAUUAAAGCCAUGAAGAACUAUCUGCAACAGCCUGAGUCCAUUGACAAACCCAAGGCCUUGUCCCUGCUGCUUCACACUGCUGAUAUCAGCCACCCUGCCAAACGCUGGGAGCUGCACCACCGCUGGACGGCCUCUCUGCUGGAGGAGUUCUUCAGACAGGGGGAUAAAGAAGCAGAGCUGGGUCUGCCGUUCUCUCCUCUGUGUGACCGUAAAUCCACCAUGGUGGCCCAGUCACAGAUCGGCUUCAUUGACUUCAUUGUGGAGCCGACAUUCACUGUCUUGACAGAAAUGAUUGAGAAAAUUGUGACACCGCUCAUUGAGGAGGCAUCUCAGGCUGGUUCCUCUGGUUUCAGCAGCAGGAGCGGCAGUGAGGGGAAACCUUCCAGCAAGAAGAGCGGCGGCUCGGAGGUCAGCUGCUCGCUGACCACCGUGGACCUCCACAGCUUCAAGGGCACAUGGAACCAAGAAAUCCAGAAGAACCGAGAGAAGUGGAAAGCCCAGGCCAAAGACGCCGUGUCCUCCCCCAGACGCCGUGUCCUCUCCCAGACGCCGUGUCCUCCCCCAGACGCCGUGUCCUCCCCAGACGCCGUGUCCUCCCCAGACGCCGUGUCCUCCCCCAGACGCCACGCCGUGUCCUCCCUCAGACACCUUGUCCUCCCCCACACGCCGUGUCCUCCCCCAGACGCCGUGUCCUCCCUCAGACACCUUGUCCUCCCCCACACGCCGUGUCCUCCCCCAGACGCCGUGUCCUCCCUCAGACCCCUUGUCCUCCCCCACACGCCGUGUCCUCCCCCAGACGCCGUGUCCUCCCUCAGACACCUUGUCCUCCCCCACACGCCGUGUCCUCCCCCAGACGCCGUGUCCUCCCUCAGACGCCACGCCGUGUCCUCCCCCAGACACCUUGUCCUCCCCCAGACGCCGUGUCCUCCCCCAGACGCCGUGUCCUCCCUCAGACACCUUGUCCUCCCCCACACGCCGUGUCCUCCCCCAGACGCCGUGUCCUCCCUCAGACACCUUGUCCUCCCCCACACGCCGUGUCCUCCCCCAGACGCCGUGUCCUCCCUCAGACACCUUGUCCUCCCCCACACGCCGUGUCCUCCCCCAGACGCCGUGUCCUCCCUCAGACGCCGUGUCCUCCCCCAGACACCUUGUCCUCCCCCAGACGCCGUGUCCUCCCUCAGACGCCGUGUCCUCCCCCACACGCCGUGUCCUCCCCAGACGCCGUGUCCUCCCCCAGACGCCGUGUCCUCCCUCAGACACCUUGUCCUCCCCCAGCCGCCGUGUCCUCCCCCAGACGCCGUGUCCUCCCCAGACGCCGUGUCCUUCCCAGCGAUCACCAUCAGCCAGCAGAGUCUCACAUCUGUUCCUUCUGAAUUCUACCGACAUGGAAAUGUGACCACAGUCAUUCCAAACUCUUCACAGAACUGUGAGACUCAGUCCAGCAUGCAGACCCAGAGUGAAGCGGGACAGACCAGGGGUCAGGGAGAGUCCCGAGUGGUGGACUGUGGUGGAUCCACUGAGAACCGACUGAACACGGACUGA